AUGUCAGACAGGCAACUCGAGGUCAUACACAUGGUCUGGUCAUUGUGGCGUGGACUGCUCGAUGUGAAGCGGGCGGAUGCACUGGGCGCCGUAACACAUCUUUUGCUGCUGAUUCGGUGGUCCUAUGUGGCAGAGGGCAAUGGACAGGAAUGGAACGGCCAGCUCCUAGAAUCCUCGAUUGCGAUGACGGAUGGCUGA